AUGCCUAUCAAGCCUAAGAAAACUUUGCUUACCAAGGCGCUGUUGGUCAUCAUACUCGUCGUUCGUUCUACCAUGGGGUUGGCGACGGCAGAUCUGCCACCAGAGGAUGCCCUUCGCACCUCUCAGGCAUCGGAUACAUUGGAUAUGGAUCUGACACCUCCUGCCUCGAAACAGAAGAGGUACUUGAGGUCGGCCGCGGAUGUGACGACAACCAGCACUGGUGAGUUGAGAAGACUAGUUCCUGAUCUCUCGGGACUUAAGGAACUCGGAAGCUCUUUCGGAAAACAGGCGGUAGGUUUCCCUGCCAGACUGCGUCAAAGUGCUUCAGCAAUCUACUCCAAGAGCAUGACAAGAAUUCGAGCGCAAUGGUGGCUGUGGGUAAACAAACAAAAAGAACCUAAGGAGGCCUUCACAUUUCUGCAGCUCGGCAAAUCGGGGAAAAAUCCAUUUGAAAACCCAAAGUUUCCCGUAUGGAAAUAUAUCGUCGAGAAAAUUACGUCCAAGGAAGAUGCGCCCAGAGUCAUGUUCGAAUCUAUGGUUCACGCAUUGGGAGAUGAAGGUACACUGGACAGAUUCCUAGCUCAAGCAAUAAGUUCAAUUAAGUUCGGGGACGUGGUUGAGAGUGUUUACAACUAUCGACUCAAGCAGUGGCUCCAAUCUGAUUAUAAUUACACGCCGAAAAGAGUUUACAAUCUUCUGGAACUCAACAAAUAUGACAAGAUCGGAGAAGUACCCGGCCGUCCAGAAUUUAGCAUGUGGGCUGCGUAUAAUUCCAAAAAGAAAUCGACGAAGGAGGCUUUUAAGCUUCAUAAAGAAUCAAAAAGAAGCACUAUUCAUCCUGAUCUAAUGAGGGCUCUAGCUAAAAUCGGUGAAGCCGAUGGCAACUAUGAAUUCGCUCAAGAUCUGUUAUACUUUCAGAUCCAGUACUUGAUAGAACAUCCUUAUUAUCGAAAAUCAUCCUUCAAACUUUUUAAGCUUCAAGGGGAGGGAACAUUAAAUCCAACUGAUCUGACUACGGAUCCGCUUGGAAGGCUUUGGGUUGACUACGUGUACAUGAGAGCACAGGACGAAGAUGGUUUUACUGGCUUGGGUGAAGUUUUUAAAAAACUUGAGUUGAGGGUUGGCCAUAAAGCAGCCGUAGCUGUGAUGAAAAUGGUGCACAAGGACGGUUAUUUCCUGAAAUCGCUGGAGAAGGAGAAGCCUAUCAAGGAAAAAGAAAAUUUUGAUUCGUUUCUGAUGGACCUUCAAGAAAAGAUGGCAAAUGAUCCCAAGCCUGCUAUUACCUCUACUAUGACGUAG